AUGCCAAUGAUGCACUGCUCUGCAACGCACACAUGGGAAGCCAACACCACACAAGCGGGCAGAGACAUCAUGUCCAAGAUAACGGUGGUUGCUGCCGUUGUUGUAGGUGCCUGCGCCGCUCUUGCUGCUACGGGAUUCCGCGGCCGACAGACUGUGGUCGGCAUUGACUUGGGGACGACAUUCUCGGUCAUUGGCGUCAACGAGGGUGGGAAAAUCACCAUCAUUCCUGGAGCAGAAGGAAGCCCCCUCCUCCCAUCGGUGGUGUCAUUUUUGGAUAACGGGCGUGUAGCUGUCGGCCAAAAUGCGACAAAGCUUCUCGAGAGCCAACCGGCGAACACCAUCUACGGCGCGAAAAGAUUUAUUGGGCGAGCAUUCUCUGAUAGCGCCGUCUCUGAGGAGGCAGCAGAGCACCAGUUCCAGCUGGUACAGUCGAAAGAAGAUCUUUCCGAAGCGUGGUUCAAGAUCAAGCGCUCCGGGCAUCCUCCGUCUGUGUCCCCGCAGAUGGUAGGGUCCCAUGUACUUGGUGAGCUACUCCAAAGGGCCGCAGUCUAUUUAGGCCACUCGCAAGUGAGCAAAGCGGUUAUUGCUGUCCCAGCGAAGUUCGAUGCAAGGCAGAAGGCGGCCACAGUGGAGGCGUUUCGCCUAGCAGGCCUUAAGGUCAUCCGAAUGCUCGAAGAGCCAACAGCGGCAGCACUGGCGUUUGGCCUCCAUCGCAAGCCGAAUGUGAACCACAUCCUCGUGUACGACUUGGGUGGUGGCACGCUAGACGUUUCGGUUCUGUUUGUGAACGACGGUUCUGUGGAGGUCCUCGGCAGCGAUGGAGACGACAACCUCGGUGGAUCCGACUUCGAUCAAUGUGUGGCCCAUUUGCUGGAGCGCAAGCUUGACCGGAGCAUUGUUGCGCUGGAGGAGGCCGAGGAAGCCGUUUCGUGCGCCUUCAGGACGCCGACAUGCGCACUGCAUAACCUUUACCCACUCAGCGAAGGAUUGCGACGUCUUCUGACAGACGGGGAGACCGCCGCAGUGGAGUGCAUGAUCCUUCCGGAGGAAGCCCAGCGACGAAACUUGCGGUCUCCAAAGAAGGGAAUGCCCAGCGAGGAUGGAGACAGUCAAGACGCGCAUAGAUUCGCGGGGGCUGAAGGAGAACGUUGCAAGAUGUGGGAGCCGCUUAGUUUAGAACUCACCAGGACAGAUUACGAGCAAUCUUGCGCUUCGUUGUUUGAUCGCGGUGUAGCCCCGGUAGAUCGUCUGCUUCAUCACUUGGAUUUAACAGUAGACGAGAUUGACGAAGUUGUCAUGGUAGGAGGAAUGACACGAACACCACGAGUGCGGAGUUUGCUGGAGUCGCACCUUGGUGUGGACAGGUUAAACGUUGAUAUUGAUCCGGACGUCGUGGUUGCGUAUGGCGCGGCGACUAUCGCACACUGAACGCUUGGAUAUGCUGGAGGAGAGAUAGUUGGUACAGCAGUGUGCUUGCCCUGGCGAUAGCCUGCUGCGGCAAUCGGAUGAUGGGGCGUUUGAUCGUGACGUGCAGGGCGUGUAUAUAAUAUAUCUUUAGUACCCCCAUGAAGGACUGCAUCAUGAUAUUUUGUCAUAAUCCUACACCCGUCGGAGAACGGGCACCCUGGGCCAGACGUUGGGUUUCCAAUCAAGAUAGAGAGAUGGAGCAGAGAGGGUAUAGACAAAAUGUCAAGCCACUCGCCUAGUAAAUAGUCAACGCCUACACGAAACUGAGCUCGGUACCUGCUGCACUUAUGUCCCAACGCAAGACAGUCCCUUCGAUUCUUCGACAUGCGACCAAACUACAGCGGGACUACUUGGUGCCGGACAUAUCAACCGUAUCUUCUGCUAUUUAACGCUGUUUCCCUUGUCGUCCACAGCAUAGUCUAGACUACACGAUCAGCUGUACCCACGCAUUCAUUCCAAGUAUCGAUAGAGGCUGCCCCUAGUUGGCACUUAGUCCAAUUCCUCGAAAUUCGUCGCUUGUUCCUGACAGAGUUCAGCAACAUGCUCCUUUGA